AUGAUAGGUCCCGAAACGACUCCGAGCCCCAAGGACGAGGACGCAUCGAGCCAACGCCGCUCGACCGACUGCCUUCUCUCGUGCACGAAGGCGUGGGUCCGGCCCGAAGUGCGUCGAAAAGGGCAGUCGCGCGAGUGCGAAAUGGUGCCAUGUUGGGGGUGUGUCUUCUCGAUCCUCUUCGUCGGAUUCCCGGGAGGGUGCCGGAUGAGCCAGGAGAAAUUUUCGGAGGCAAAAUGCUGCCCGGGACCGGACAACCAUGCUACAUACAACGCGAACGAGGGAGUGGCCAGCUGUCGGGGCGCAGGGGCCUCCCCGACCUCCCCGCCAGAUUGCAGGGCCGAGCUCGGAGUCCACUUGUCGAAUUCGUCUCACCUCGAUUCCAUCUCUGCCUCGGGCUCUUUCUGCCACGACGAUUUCCUGGUUCGGGAAGGUGACAAUGACACGAUUCUCGAGGCUUACUUAUUCUGUAACUCUGUGAAAUCAGACCGGAACCAGGCGAAGAAGACGAUCCUUCUCCCGAAAUGUUGUCCAUUGGAGGAAGGCUUCGAUCGAGUUCAAAGAAUGUGCGUAUCCCGUCCCUUUCACGGGACACUUCCGAGGCUAAAUUCAAUGGAAGCAGAGACAUGGGAUCCGUCACGAUACUAUUAUCUCGUCCGUGUCGAUGACCUGGCUUCCAACCCCUGUUCCAAGAAGUACUUGAGGCCGGGCAAGGAUCCGCGGCAGCAUUACGAAGUCCAGGAAACGGGACGCCUUCGCGUCCGGGCCAUGAAUGACACGUACCCGAUCGGGGAAUACUGCCUGGAUCAUUUCCUUCUUGCCAAUGGAUCCUGGAUCCAGAUGGCUCUGGCCUGCGAUCCGGAGGAGAAGAGGAUCCUUCAGGAAUGCGAAGACAGGGUGUGUGUCCAAAAGUGCUGCCCCUUGGGUCAGUUUUUGCACAAAUCCGAAAAGAGGCCUCAAUGCAUCCCCGGGGGAGUGGCCUGGGAUCACAGGAAUCUUUUCGGAUCCCAUAGUGAAAGUCGAAGUCUUCCCGAGAAGGAAGUCCACAACAUCACGAGCUACCCGAAAUGCCCGGGUAUAUCGGGCGCAGGCCAUCUGCUGCAGCCAACUGAGGAUCCGAGAGACAGUUUCUCUCUGACGUCAUCGGGGGCAUUGCAAAUCGAGGCAGGGAUCUCGAUCCCGGUUCCCCGAUAUUGCAUCGAUUAUGCUGGGAACAGCAGCGAAGCAACGCAGCUCGUGGCCCUCGUCUGCGCCAUGGAAAUUUCGCACGAAGAAAGUGACACGAUGUAUUUCAUCAAAUCCGUUCUCAUCAUUCUUCUGGCCGUAUUUCUGCUCCUCACCUUCCUCCUCUACCUGGCUCUGCCCGAGAGCACGAGCGUCCACGGCGUGACUCUUCUCUCCUAUGUCGGCUGCCUCUUGGUCGCCAGCGUUGCCCUCAUCGUCGGCCAGAUCGGAGCCCACAACGGCAUCUCCAACUCUUUCUGCCUUGCUUCCGUCCUGCUCACCUUCUACGGGUACCUCGCCGCAUUCUUCUGGCUCAACGUCAUGAGCUUCGACGUCUGGUUCACCGUCAGGAGAGAGAGAAACAUGAAGUUGAUCGGCUACAACCUCUAUGCGUAUGGAGCAUCCGCCGUCAUCUUCAUAAUAGCAUGCAUCCUGGAAUUCACUCCCGGUAUACCUCCUCACAUCAUCAAACUGGACGUGGACCCCGAGCAACGAUGCGGGUUCAACGGUACUCAAUCCCAUUCAUCCAAUUAG